CAGUGCUACAAAUGCAUCCACCAAUAUGUGAGAGAUGUGGUUGAUGAAAAUCUCUCUCUCUCUCUCAUAUGGCACCAUCAUGCAAGUUGAAGGUGCUUGAACACUGCAAAAUCUCUCCACCACCAGGCAAACUUCCUUCAACUUCCCUCCCUCUCACCUUCUUCGACAUACCAUGGCUACUCUUCCCUCCAAGCCAACCCCUCUUCUUCUUCCAACUCCCAGCUCUCUCCACCACCCACUUCGCAAACUCCAUUCUCCCACACCUCAAGCGCUCCCUCUCCCUCGCCCUCCAACACUUCUUUCCGCUCGCCGGAACCCUCGCAACGCCACCGCACCCCACCGCCCCCCACUUCGUUUACGCCGCGGCCGACUCCUCGGUUUCCUUAACGAUAGCCGAAUCAAGUGCCGAUUUCCACCACAUUUCCGGUCACCAACAAAGGGACGUUCAAGAAUUUCACCACUUGGUCCCCAGGCUACUACGAAACGAAACGGCGUCGUAUGACCCAUAUUUACCGUGCCCAAUUCUAGCUGUCCAAGUAACGGUGUUUCCCCAAUGUGGGAUUUGCAUCGGGUUUUCGUUUCGCCACGUGGCGGCCGAUGGUAGGACGUUCGAUAACUUCCUGAAAUCUUGGGCUUCCAUUUUUAAAAUGGAACCUAGCUUGAACAAGUUACUACUACCAUUUACUGACAGGACGGUGAUUCAAGACCCGAAUGGGCUCGGACCGAUUUUGUUGAACCAAUGGCGGAGCCUUGAAAGUUCUCAACUGGAUACGGACAACUGUGAUGGAGCCGAUUUACGAGACAUGGUUCGGGCCACUUUUGUCAUGGGUCGAUCCGAUAUGGAGAAACUCAAACAACAGAUCUUGACCCGGUCCAGGAAGAUUUUUGGGUUGGAGUCGGGCUCGAUGUAUUUAUCCCCAUAUGUGCUAACUUGUGCACACAUAUGGGUAUGUUUGACCAAGACCCAAUUUUCGAACAUCAAGACAAGCUUGGGUGAAGAGCCGCAUUAUUUCGGUUUCAUUGCGGGUGGGAUAAUCCGGUUGGGGUACCCGGUGCCCAAUACGUACUUGGGUAAUUGUGUAUCGUUUGGCCGAUCGGAUGCAACGGGGUACGAGUUAGUGGGAGAAAAUGGGAUUGUGAUCGCAGCAAAAGUGAUAGGAGAGACAAUUGAGAAGUUGAAUGGGGAUGUGUUGGGAGGUGUAGAGGAUUGGAUAUCGGAUUGGAAGGAGUUGUUGCGGUCGGACCUCCACGUGACGGUUACCGGGUCACCAAAGGUGAAUCUGUAUGGGUUGGAUUUCGGGUGGGGCAGGCCGAAAAAGAUAGAGGAAAUCGCAAUCGACGAGUCCCGUGCGGUUUCUCUUACGGAGAGUAGGGAUGUGGAAGGUGGGAUUGAGGUUGGUUUGGUCCUUCCCAGAGCCCAAAUGAAUGCCUUUGGUUCUAUUUUCAGAAAAGGUCUGAAUAGCGAUCGGCUGGAGUAGUUCUUGUCCAGUCCAGUUGCUUAUUGUUAUGUAUUCUUAUUCUCAUGAAUCUCAUCCAUGUCAUCUAAGAUAUUCUUGUUGAGUUGUUUGCAUCCCGUCUAUAGUAGGAGACAUUAUUCAGUGGUCUUGAAGCGUCAAUCCGAUCUUUUUCUGAAGAUCUACAAAUGAUUCUUGUUGAAUUGUUUACGUCACGUAUAUCAUAAGAGAGAUUAUAUAGCAGUCUUGGCGUUGUUUCAG